AUGGUCAAGGAAAACCUCCACGAAGAAUGGCGCACCGUCAUCGACUACGACAACCCCCGCGACGACAACAAGAACUACGAGCCCGCCCAGGACGACCCCAAGGUCACCCAGCACCAGCAACGCUAUCAAGGGCAACCGCUUGACCGCGGCGCCUUUAUCGACGACAACAACCCUCAAGGGCGCCAACACGACCGCGCCGCCGAGGAGCACGCGCGCCAGGACAACGCCAACGGCAUUGCCAUCCUCGACGGUGCCGCCGGCUACCAGCCGCCGAUUGACCAGAUGAGAGAGGUCCGCGACGAGCACCGCAAGUGGGAAGAAAAGCUCCACGGCGAGGCGCCGUUGUUUGAGAAGGGCGCCGACGGCAAGCACCACAUCUUACCUCAGAUGGGCGACGGCAAGCACCACUUUUUCCCGCACCACCAGAAGUUGACGGACGAGGAAAAGCAGCGCCGAAAAGAAGAGUUCAACAACUAG